AUGUAUCUAACAAACAUAUUCAUAACAUUAUUCUGUCUAUUCACAUCAUUGGUCCAAUGUGUGCCCACUUCACUAAUUGCACAAGGUCCGGAGCUUUCCAUUAAAGAGGAAUUGGAUCAGCUUGUGGAGUCACGAUUGGACUCCAACGAUGCUAGCUUAUACCAUGAAUUGAUAGAGAUGUUUAGUGACGAAGAUUUGCUUUACAAGAGAGACGACAACAAUGAUCAAAACCUUCAAAACACAAUCAACUAUGUUAUUGAAACACUCAAUUCAUCUGGUAUCAUUUGGGAUUUGUUAGACACUAUUGCUGAUAACCCUUCCAGAGUUGAUUAUUUGACUAAUUUGACUUCAUCUUUACUCGGCGGUAUGAACAUUACCAUCAAUGUUGCUGAUAUCUUGAACGGAAACAGUCCAAUGUCUUCAUUAACCAAGUAUGUCAAUGUUACUGCUAUCUACGACGCAGUUAUGAACAGUGGAUUGGUCACUUCCUUGGCAGAUGGUCUUUUGUUAGACUCUAAUUUCAGACCAAGAUUAGCCGACAUCGUCAAUAGAGUAGUUUGGUCACAAAGAGAUUUGUUGUUGUACAUUUUCAGUACGGUGUUCCAAAAGAGAGAAUACUUGUUGAAAAGAGCAGGUGUUGACCAAGAAGAUAUCAAUUUAUGGCUGAGCUUGCUCAGGGCUGCUGAUGCAGAGGGUGGAUCUACAACUACAAGCUCGUCAAACCCAUCAGCAUUCACAAUUGAUCCAAAUAUCUUUUCGUCACUCAUGAAUUUGAACUCCCAAGCUGCUCAAACGCAAUCCUCAAGGGCAUCGUCUUCAGUGAGAGCUACUUCAUCCUCAUCAAGUGCCAGACCAACUUCUGCUAACUCAAAGGUGUCUGCCUCCGCUUCAUCAGCUUUGUCAGUAUUGGGUUCUGCCGCAUCUACUGCUUUGACAGCCUCUGCCAACUCAUCCGCUAGCCCUUCUUCAUCACGUGCAGCUGCUACAACGUCAUCGUCACGUACUAGUUCAGUUAGCUCAAGUGAAUAUAGUGGAAGCUUGGGAUCAUUUGUUGAAAAUGCUGCUGGGGCAGUUUUGGGAUCAAACGUUGUUGGCACUAUUGCAACUGAUGUUUUGAACUCUUUGAAUGACACCGGCUUUGCUGUUUACUUUGUCAAGAGAUUCUUGUCUGAUGACGCAUACGUCAAUAUGACUGCAGCACUUGCUAACUCGUUGUUAUCUUCUGGUACCAUCAACAUUGAUGUCAGUGGACUCAAUGUCACCAGUCUUGUUGACACAGUUUUGGGCGAUCCAUCUACGAUUGUUGGUGCUGUCGGUAGCUUGUUGAGUGGAAACUCUAGUGCUCUUUCUGGCGUUAUGAGUAAGUACUCCGGAGCUAUUCAGUCACUUAUUGGAGAUAUUGAAGCUACUGGCUUGUUUGCUAAUUUGAACAGUUACAUCUUUGGUGAUUCGAGCUCCAGUGCCAGCAGCUCAGCCACUCAAACCUCAGCUGCUUCGUCAACCGCUAGAAGAGAAGUUGUCUCAGCUAGUGCCACCGCAUCUUCGAGCUCUGUUGUUGAAAAGAAGGUAGAGACAAGUGUCGUUGCCAGUGUCUCACCUACAAACAGUGCUGUCUCCCGUUCAUCAAAAAGUUCAAAUGAUGCUUCAGGUGUAGCGGGUAAUGUUUUCACCAUGAAGGCUUUAUUUUUCACUCAAGUUGCUUUGCUCGUCGGUGUGUUUGUUUUGUAA